UAUAAUAGUGAAAUGACUAAAAGUGACCUCUUUAUGGAAAGGCUAUUAAUAGCACAGCGGUCUUUUAUUCGUAUCCACCUCUCCAUAUCACAGCAAAUCAAAUGGAAUCAGUCUCAAUUAGUAGCACAGCACCCCACUCGUAGUUUCCUCACCCAUGAGGUGAGACUGUAGGCGUGAAAUUAAUUGUCCGUCAUUGCCUUAUGCAAGUGACGCAAAGGUUUGAGUUGAGCAGUGUUGUUGGGUCUAAGGCUGCUAUAUAGGGCCAACAACGCCAGUCAGUUGUAGAAGGACAGGUAUGUGGCUAGACCAAGUCAGUUCAAGACACACCAGAAUGUAAGACAAUUAUUAUUAAGCAUAAAACAUUCUAGUUUUCGCUAAAGUUUUAUUUGGAGUUAAGUUGGAGUCAGGGUUGCUGCAUCAUAAACCAGAAAUUAAAUGCACAGUAUUUUAUGGAUGUGAAAAUCCUGGGUCAAUCAAAGUUUCGCCAAGCCUAAGAUUUACAACUAGAGUUGGCUAUUCCGUUGUGAGCACAAGGAAAUAGGUCCAAAAUAUGAAAUGUGACCAAUGAGGAGGGACCAGUUUAAGAAAGAAAGCGGAAACUAAUCGAUAAAAGAUUACAAUGUGUAGAUAUGCAUGCCAACUAUAAAUACAAGGAUUGACUGACAGGCAGAUAGUAGGAACAGACUUUUUUUUUUCUACGAACAUUAAGACUUUAACUUUUGAUAGUAAGUUUAUGUGAACGUCACCGACCUAUAUACGUUAUUCUUAUUGUUCAUAACGGGACAGUUUAGUUUGAAAAUGCCGAACUCUCUUGUCACUGUGGUAGUUAUAGCCUGGAUAACAAGAACUUUUCUGUGUCUCCCAGUGGAGAAAACUGAGUCCGUAAAUGAAAUUACGUUUGACUGGGACAAGUUACUCUCUGUGGAUCAAGUGAGCGAGCCAAGGCCAAUAACCAUUGAUCAUCAUUGUGCUAACAUCACUAAUGUAAAGUGUACAGAUCCUUACUUUUGUAUUGACAUGUUAUACUGUGAGUGUGAGCCUGGUUGGUACGGUGUGUACUGCCAAGUGCCCUGUACACUGCGCUGUGUUCAUGGCAGCUGCAGCGUGGCCAGAGAUCUUAACUCUUUGAUGGACAUCGCCUUCUGUAACUGCCCACCUGGCUGGGAAGGGGAGCUGUGUGACCAUAUCGCGCAGGUGAAAGCGCCAUUUUCGUUUGGACACAGCCAACUGCAACCAACGAUUGUGACGUAACAACAACCGCACAAGUCAACUUGUUGAUAAAAGACAACUGCCUGUCCUGGUCGUGCCAAUAAUACGGGGUUUAGAUAAAACUAGAAAUAGUGCAGCAUUGUUUUGAGAUUGUUAAGAAACAGAAUCAGCUGUUCUAAGAUGCAAAGAACAACUUGUUUCAAAAACUACUUUGAUUAAAUGGGAUUGUCAUUUUUAAUACCUUACAUUUUGGUUAAACGCAUGUAUGCCAUAAAAAUAGCCUAAUUAUAGUUACGUAACAUUAGAGGCGCGGUGGCUGAGCGGUAAGGCGUUUGGCUUCUGAACCAGGUUUGAAUCCUGGUGAAGUCUGGGAUUUUUAAUUUCGGGAUCUUUGGGCGCCUUUGAGUUCACCCAGCUCUGAUGGGUACCUGACAUUAGUUGGAGAAAAGGCGGUUGGUCUUUGUGCUGGCCACAUGCCUCCCUCGUUAACCGCAGGCCACAAAAACUUAUCACAAGGUCUGAAAGGAUAACGGUUUUUAACAUUAGAGGCGUUAAAAAAAUUAAGUUUUAUAAACUAAUCUCAAUUUUUUUUUUGUUGCUAAAUGCUAAGGGAUAUUUUCAGAACCUAUCGUCAUUUAAGCUUUGGCUUUAAUCACAAAUGCUAGUUAGUCCACUCCGAUAUGUUUUGUUUUGUUUUGUUUUAUAAGUUACUGCGAGACCAGUCGUCAUAGAAGGCCUGAACAUUGACCUGCAACGUCACAACCUGUGGGUCGUUUAGACCAAUAGCCCGUUGCCACGUCACAGGUCUGUACGGCGUGGCAACGAGCUAUUUGUCUCCACUGCCCACAGGUUUGCGACAUUGCAAGUCACUGUUGAGGCCUUCUUUAACGUCCUUCUGCAUGACGUCAGGGGAUUGCAGAGGAAAGGGUUGGAACUUGGACCUUUCGUGACAACAGUCCGAAGCAGAUACCACACGACCAGACAGCCACCAUAUUAGUCUAUUGGGCAGAUAAGAGUUUUUGAUGAUUAUAAGCAAACGGAGGUGUUAAGAAAGCCACCAUAACGACCAGCGGUCAUUGCUUGUCCAAGCUCAUAUAGACCUUAACUCUUUCUCUCCUAACUGACGAUACCAGCGUUGAUUCCACUAGAAUGUGGUAAAUAAUUACGGAGAGAAAGAGUUAAUUUACAUACAUCUAGUGUGGAUAUUCAAAACAAGAAAAACAUAAAAGAUACUUUUUAAAAAACCUUAUAUUAAGUGUAGUUGAUUCAAUUAGUUUGAUCUAUAAUGUAAUUAUAGUAUAAUUGACUUAAUAAAUAUGUGCGAUUAAAAAUAUUUGUAUCAA